UUGGUAUGCCUUUUGGUAUGUAAUCUCCUUUUAUCACGUAUGGAUAUGAAUAGUACUGACAGGAUAAUUUUGUUUUUAUUCAGAGGAUGGAUUUUAUAGUGUCACUCAAUACAAGGUAAAUAUAAGAAUUAAGGUCUUCAAAAUAUACACAAUAAAAUACACGUACUAGAUUUUAUUCUUAAACAUAUUUGGUUCUCUUGGUAUAAUUCAAUUAUAACACGAACUGUAUCAAAAGGAAUUCAUUCGAUAUAUGCAUGCGUUUUGUGGUAAACAAUUAAAUAAAAGGAUAUAAGAUUAUUUAUUAGAUUCAAAGCACUAAUGUCUUAAAAGGAGACCAACAGAAAAUUUCCCAUCAUAGAAAAUACAUAGGCUUUUCAAUUAAAUGGCAAAUUGUACAAAACAUACGAAGACUGAAACACACAUACAAAUACACCGCUUGAAUUAAAUAUGCACAUAAUUUAUGAUCCUUCAAUAAUGUUUACAUCAGCCAAAGCAACCUUACAGAACACAAGGUCACAUACUACUAAGAUACUAGCCCUCUUACAAGUAUUCUGUAUUCAUUGCGCAAUCUAACAGUUAAGCUGAUAUGGUCCCUUUCACAAAACCGACCACAUGUCACGAAACGAGUUGAACUGAUAGCGGUCCAAACCAAACCUUAUACAACUGCUCAAUGUUACCACUCAAACCAUGGAAUGACAUUUGAAGUCUUAUCUACAGCGAAUUAUGAACGCUUAUUUAAGAUAAAUGUUAACAUGAAGGAACUGUGCCCAAACACGUGAUGAGCAGUUGAUAAGAGUCUGUUUGACAUCGAAGACAGCAUAGUUUCAAGCAACUCGUACAAGGAAAUUCGUUUACAUAUCUUUAGUUGAUAAAAUAAAACACAAACGAUGUUUAAUUUAUUUUUGCAAGUAUGCAUUUUACCUGCUUUUCUGCUUAUCACUACGCAUGUGGAGUCUAAAAGUGUAAUUCAACUCGCGCAAGACCUUGGCGCAACCACUCUUGUUGGUUUUAUCAAACAAGCUGGGCUAGAAGGAACUCUUUCAGGACAUGGUCCAUUCACAGUUUUUGCCCCAAACAAUGCAGCAUUUGCCGCGCUGCCUAAUGACGUAAAGGCGAAGCUGGCCAAUGACACAGAUCUCCUUAAACAAGUGCUCACUUUUCACGUAACAAGUGGGCGGGACUAUUCAACGGCACUGUCCAAUGAUAUGCUUGUGGCUUCAUUAAACACUCCAAAUAAAAUACGGGUGAACAUUUACCAGACGGUUGACACGCAGAUAUAUACUGUGGAUGGCGCAACCAUAGUGACAUAUGACCAGAACGCAACUAACGGGGUCAUCCACGUGAUCGACAAGGUCAUGUUUCCCAUUCCCAUGGGGCCGAUUACAAGCGUCGCAGCCCUUAACCCUAACUUUGGGACAUUGAUUUAUUGUCUUCAACAAGGACAACUCUUGGAGACACUUUCAGGAGCUGGACCUUUCACAGUGUUUGCUCCUAACAAUGCUGCAUUCGACAAACUGCCUCCAAAUGCCCUAAGCGACCUGCUUAGUAACCAGACUGCAUUGGUCGCUGUAUUAAAGUAUCACGUGAUUGGUGCAACAUACUUCAGCCAAGGCCUUAACGAAGGAGAUACCCCAACCCUCGAAGGCAAAUCUGUCCACGUUACAUUUGGAACUGAUGGACUGAACAUAAACAAUGCCCAGAUUGUUACUGCAGACGUUCCUGCGACAAAUGGGGUCGUUCAUGAAAUAGAUACUGUUCUGUUUCCACCAAAUUAAAAUCCAAAUGGACACACUG